AUGGAAGGAGUUCAACAUGAAAAACAAACUUCGGGUGAAAAUCUAUCAGUAAAUGUGAUACCUGCACCGGUCAAUCCUGAUCGGAAGGGGAAGAGAGAGAAUAGUUCUUCUUUCGGAUAUCAGAUAAAAGGCCAGUGGACAGGCAAAGAAGACAGGAGACUGAUUAGCUUAGUACAUCAAAUUGGAUUGAGGAAAUGGGCUGUAAUAGUUGAAGAAAUAGUUGGUAGAGUGGGAAAACAGUGUCGCGAGCAAUGGAAUAAUCAUCUGUGUCGUCAUAUCAAGAAGGACGUUUUGACUGAUGAUGAAGAGAGACGGUUAAUUCAAGCACAUGAAAGACUUGGAAAUCGAUGGGCAGAGAUAGCUAAUAAGGGUUCCGCCUCCACUAACUUAAAUUCUGGCACCACCACCACUGCAGCAAAUUCGUCCAACGUCGACACACCACUCUCUCGUGAUGAAGACUCUACACCAUUUGCCAAUUUCAAAUCAUGCAAUAACGAAAUGGAUUUCAUGAAAAGCCUGUUUGAAAACAAUCAGUCUGUUGAUUCAAUUCCAGUCGAUCAUUGUCAACCAAUAAAUCCAGCUGAAGGGACAUCUGAGAAUACUUAUAGCUUCAACAUUGAUGAAAAUUAUAAUCAUCCCACCAUUUCUUCACUUCCCCGGAGAUUUGAUAGACAACUGAUUCUCAACUGCUUGCUGUAG